UCGGUGGAUGGAUAUUAUUGUUGAUGAUGGUACAAUGUCAAUCGAAUGUUAUUGAUGAAAAUCGAACGAAUGAAACAUCAUCAUCGAUUAUUAAUAGUGAUGGUGGUAAUAAUAAAAAUGUAUCGAUAUCCGACAAUUCCAAAAUCGAUGUUGGCAACAAAGAUGAUAAUGAAACAUCAUCAUCAUCGUCGUCGUCGCCGAAUGGAGAAAAAUCUCAUCAAGGAAUUAUUAUUGUAGAAAUUUCUGCAGGAAGAAAUUUGCCUUAUGAACAACAAAAUCAUCAUCAUAAUCAUCAUCAACAUUAUACACAUGCAGGAUGUUUACAAAAAUGUUCAUGGAUUUAUCAGAAAUUAUUACAGGAUUGGUGGAUAAAUCGUUCGAUAACAAGAUUAUUACAAUAUUAUCAUAAUGAUUUUAUUAAUAAACGACGAUUACAACAACGAAAAAAAUUGUUGAAUGAAACUGGUAACGAUGAUAAUGAUGAUGAUAAUAAUCAUCAUUCAUCAAAUAUGUUAUUAUUUGAUAUGAUGCAACAAUUACCAUAUCAAUAUCGUAUGGAUCUAUUAUUAAGACAACAAGAACGUCGUUGUUUUUUUAUUUGUGAUCAACAAUUUAUUGUACAUAAUCUAUUUCAUCAUCAACAACAGCAUCAUUUACAAAGACAUCAAGAAUCACAAGAAUUUGAUGAUGAUGAACAGCAACAACAACAACAACAACAACAACCACAUGAACAGCAACAAACACAACGUUUAAUUUUAAGUUAUUGUCAAAGAUUUUCAAGAAAAAUAUUUCAACAUAUACCAAUGAUAUUAUUGGCUAUAUCGGCAAUGCUUAUAAUGAUUAUGUUAUUUUGGUCAUUAAUUGAAUGUAUGUUUCAAGCUGAUGAACAAUUCUCAUCACAAUCAUCACAGCCACAUUUUGUUGAUCGAACAUUUAUUAUUAAUAGAGGAGGUGGUGGUGGUUGUGGUGGAAAAAAUAAUAAAGAUGGUCAACAAAAGACAAAAUUAUUAUUGGAUCAACAGCAACAAUUUAAACCGGUACAAUUGAUAGCGGCUGUACCGGUAACAACAGCAACAGUAACUAAUGUUGGUGGUGGUGAUUCUGAUAAUCAAUAUUGAUUGAUUUUUAUUAUUGAUUUUUGAUUUAUUGAAAAAAAAGAAAAUUUCAGAAUC